AAAGCGUGAGUUAAAAACGCGGAAACAAAAGAACUAAUCAGUUUUUCAAAACAAGCACCGAGUCGGCAUAAAGUGAGCCUCGUCGUGGGUGACAGCUGUUAGAGUUUACAUCGUAGCUUCUUAUAACCCACUCAGAAAGCCUCAGCAUGGCUUUGAAGAGGAUACAGAAGGAGUUAAAUGACUUGCAGAGAGACCCCCCAGCUUCAUGUUCAGCUGGACCUGUAGGGGAAGACAUGUUUCACUGGCAGGCCACCAUCACAGGACCAAAUGACAGCCCUUAUCAUGGAGGAGUUUUUUUCCUUUCUGUGCAUUUUCCCACCGACUAUCCAUUUAAACCACCAAAGGUGGCCUUUACUACAAAAAUCUAUCAUCCAAACAUAAACAGCAACGGAAGCAUUUGCCUUGACAUAUUGAGGUCUCAGUGGUCCCCUGCUCUUACAAUUUCAAAAGUGUUGUUGUCCAUCUGCUCCUUGCUUUGUGAUCCAAAUCCUGAUGACCCACUUGUUCCUGACAUCGCACACAUCUACAAGGCAGAUAAGCAAAAGUACAACAAACUGGCCCGAGAAUGGACCCAGAGAUAUGCAAUGUAACAUGAAUAUAUCUUGGAACCAAUUACUUCCCCCAGAGCUCCUUGAAAGAUGACAGUACUGUUCAACUGCUUUCUUCACACUGGUUGUAACUGAGGUGUUUAAUAUGCUUAAUGCACUUUCUCUACUGAGGUUUUACUUGACUUAACUGUUUUACUGUUUUGGCAUUAUUCAAAUUAUUCCUUUGAAUAUUUUAUUUGAAGUGUUGAGGUGGAGCAAAUUUGUUUCUUUGAAGAGAUUUGUAUUUAUAUUUUUCAUUAUCUUGAAAUAAAGAUAUUUAGCAGAAUUUGAAUUCCAUUUACCUUUUCUUUUGUUUUAGCUGUCCACAAGAAUUAAGCAAGCAUAAUACAAAAUGUAGAAUAAAGACUUUGUUUGACCGCCUUAAUGUCUGUUUAAUAAUUUAGGUGACCACUAGAUGUCAUACUUUACUAUGUACUAACCAAGCUUUUGUUUUAAUUUUUUUUUUAUGAGGUGUUUUCUUUCAUCUCCUCAAUACUGUUUUGUUUCAUUUCAAUCCAUUUGCCAAAUGCUUAAUUUUGUGGGCUGUGGUUAUUACAGUGUUCUGCUGCAGCGGUGAAAUAAAAAUAGAAAGGAUGUUCUCUAAAAUGAAAUUAAAGCCUCCAUUAUCUUCUCCAACAGCUGUCCCACUGUGGUUGUUAAAUGAGCAAACACAGAUUGAUAAGGUGUUCCAGUUUUCUUUGAAUACGUUAAAUCUUUAUAUUUAAGAGGGGAUGCAAACAUGUCCUUUAAGCUGAUAAGUUUGUGAAACGUUUAAUUUGAUCUUAUAAUUUCAAAGAUGGCAAUAUAAUGUGUCAUGUCAUGAACAAGCAUACUGAAUAAUGCUAUUGGGAUGUAAUGGAACAGUUUUUUGCCAUCUAAUAUACAUGUUUUUUUUUUUCUCUGGUUUAUUGGAAGCUAUUUACUUUGUGUAGUUGAUCUGCAAAUUUCCUUUUUGAUAGAGUGAUUCUAACAGAUUAACUUUUUAUGAUUUCAUGCCUGUGAGAAAUUUCAUUUAAAUUGGUUCUAUUUUUUUUUUUUUUUUUUUUCUUAGAGAUUUAAAGCCAUGCUGUUGCAGAACAACCAAAUGCUACUUGAUUAGGUUGUAAUUGGUAGCUAGAGGAAAACAUUUUGGAUUAUUGCUAAAACUACUUUCUCAAAAACUUCCUUUAAAUUAACACACUCCUCUUGGGAUUUGAUCUAUUAAAGUCAUGUUCUUUUUUUUUUUUUGUCUGGUGCAGUAAUCCUGAUUGAUUGCACAUGAGAAGGUCAAUAAAAUGUUUUAAUGACGAAUUAGGUCUGCAGGUUUGAA